AUUUCGUUUUCAUAAAGUACCACUAGAGUAGAGACUGACGGACUGGCAGGUACAGGAAACACAUAUCCUCCCAGCCUUUUGGCCUCCGCCGUAAUCACCGGAGCUAACCAUUGUGUGUGUGUGUGUGUGUAAGAGAGGGAGAAAGAGUCUUGAGCUACCACGUCAUAUCAAUAUGGUCACUACCAAUUGAUCACACAGGCAGGUUUGGCCGGCCCACCUGAGGAGGCUUCUCCAACAGGGUCAAAAUUCAAAUCCAAAACAAAUCCGAGAAAAUGAGCUUUCAAGAUCUCCAGAAUGGCGCCAAACCCUCGCCGUCGUCUCGGAAUCAACCGUCGCAAGCGGUGGCCGCCGGGAUUUUCCAGAUCAACACCGCCGUCUCCGGUUUCCGUAGGCUCGUCGAUUCGAUCGGUACCGCCAAGGACACUCCCGAUCACCGCCUCAAGCUGCGCAACACGAGGCAACGGAUAUUGCAGUUGGUGAAGGAAACUUCUGCUAAGCUCAAAUCGCUUACCGAUUCUGAUCGUGGGGCCAAUGCCGAUCCAAGCAAGAGAAUAGAAGAUGCUAAGCUUGCAAGAGAUUUUCAAACGACCUUGCAAGAAUUUCAGAAAGUUCAACAGCUUUCCUCUGAGCGCGAGUCUACUUACUCACCAGUUGGCCCACCACCUUCCACGACCACAAUCAGCACAAGCUCUGAUGAAAAUUCAGCACCUAGCAUAGAUCUGGAGAACCAGCCAUUUCUUAUGGGACAGAAAAGGCAGGAGAUUUUACUGCUAGGAAAUGAAAUUGCUUUCAAUGAGGCCAUAAUGGAGGAAAGGGAGCAGGGAAUUAGAGACAUACAAGAGGAAAUUGGUCAAACAAAUGAAAUAUUUAAAGACUUAGCUGUUCUAGUUUAUGAGCAGGGGGUUGUCAUUGAUGACAUUCAAUCAAACAUUGAGGCUUCAUCUGGUGCAUCAACCCAGGCUAGAGUACAGCUAUCUAAAGCUUCCAAAAGUUCCAAAUCUAAAUGCACAUGGGUGUGUAAUUUUAUACUUGCACUCUUAAGCUUUAUAUAUUACAUAGAGUCCAUGCCCAAUUGCCCACCUGUGGGGCAAGUUUGUUUGCAUUUUGCAAGAUGUUAUGCUGCAAGCCUUGAAUUGUUGCUCAUUAACUAAAACAUAUCAUUAAGUGCAUAUCCAUGAUUAGUUUCAUUUGGUUUUGUCCCGGGGGACAGCCCAAAGUGAAAGAAAUAUCAUGCUCCCUUUUUAUGAAUAUAGCAUUGUACAAAGGCCAAAGAUAUUGCAUCUGAAGAAAAGAAUGAUUAAGUUGUGUACAUGGGGGAAAUGUGUAAAAAAAUAGAUGAAUAAGGCCAAAGAACGUUGAUUGAAGAGAGAAAUUAUAUGGGGAUUGAUUAUGAACUAAGAGCGAAUAACCAAAUACAGGAACCAAAUUGUUUUUUUCGUCAAGCUAUAAUUCUUGUGCUGCUAUCAUUCUUUAAGAAUGGAUGUUGCAUUAUGCCUCCUCCUUGUGAUAAGUUUUUACGUUUUAACGAGUCUCAGAACUGCCUUUAGAUAUUCUUGAGUACCAAUUCUGAAGGGUGAACAUGAACGUAUCCAUGUAGGAAUGCAGGGCCAUAUUUAAAUUCACCCUUUCAAAAUCCAUCAACCAUUAUAACCCGAAUCUGUUUUUUAGUUACAAGAACAUGUUCUCAAAGUCAUGAAUUUCUUCAGUAUUCUCAUCAAUAAUUAGAUAGAAUGAUGGUGUUGUGCUUCCUCAAUGUCAUGGAAAUUGUUUGUUUGAUGUUUCAGAAUACAUUCAUUUCGGUUCGCUUCUUGUACUAUAUCAUGUUUGUGUUAAACUCUUUUAUUUCAUAGUGAUUUUGGUGUACCUUUCUAAUGCAGUGUUGGUGGGUGCCGGUAAUUCUCGUAGUGGUGGUGGUGAUUGUACUUGUUGUCCUCAUCAUAUAGUGCGCAAGUACAAGUCUGCAAGUGUAAUGUGAAUUUUUUUUUUUUUUGUGCCUGUUCUUUUUUAUUGGUUUUGGUGUGAGUCGUGUGACGAAUCUUCGUGCUCUCUGGAAAGAAAAGAAAUUUACAACAGAAGGGCCGAUGCGAAGGAUUUUGCUUUAUUCAAGAAACGUGUUUCUGUGUUGUUUUCUUCUUCGGGGCUGACCCUUUGUCUGGCUUUCCUUCAAGCGUGGACAAAUACCGUACCCGAUGUACUAUGUUUUUCCUUCUUCUCGAGUUUGGUUAUCGGGCUUUUGUGUUGUUUGGGUUUGGUUGUCAUAAUCAGCGUGGUCCGCAGCCAGCUCUCUUGUGGACUGAUUUGGGCAUGUUGUGAAGACAAUGUAUCGAAAUACUUUCGUUGUAAAUUUAUCAACUUUUGUAGCAGAGGUUUAAACCAAAACGAAAUACUAGUAGUGUAAUAUUCUUGUGUACUA